AUGUCGGACCUGCGAAGCUUAAGUCCAUCCGUCACAUCAGAACUCUCCACCUCCGAACUUCAAGUAUCCCUGAAUCAUACUUUACAGGGCUACCAGCCUUUGAGUUCAACAGACGACACACCUUUUUUUCUCCAGAUUGUUUUCAAGUACCUGCCCGCAGACGGACAGCGUAACCUGAUCGAAGACUUAUCUGGAUGUCAAGAUGACCAGGAGGUUAGACAACUUGCCGAGAGCAUAGACACAGGUCUUCUCCGCCCUAUGUUGUCUACCGGUGGUAAAACACCGGCAGUCACUCCCUCAUCUCGUCUCGGUCUUGAGGACUCGAUCGAAUACUUGAACACCUUCGAUGUGGAAUCCGUGACACGAGUUGACCAGCAGCGACUCCGCCAGGAGUGCUUAGCCCGCGAUGGCUAUAAAUGUGCGAUAACAGGAACCUGGGAUAUGGAUACCACCCCACAUCCCCCCGGGCGGCCUGUACACAAGUUGCAAGCAGUUCACAUUCUUCCCUUCUGCCUUGGAAAUUUUCGCACCGACGACGAGCGAGUUAAAAUGUCGGCAGUAUGGACUAAUAUCUUUCGAUGGUUUCCAAAUUUACGGUCCCGUCUUAAUAUGUUAUUAGGUGAUGUUAAUCGCGAAGAUAACAUCCUAAUGGUGGCUUCUGUUUUUCAUGAAGACUUCGGCAUGUUCCAUUUCAUUCUUGAGCCAACAACAGUACCAAACCGAGAUCCAAACCCAGAGUUUUUAGCUGUCCAUGCAGCUAUCGGUAAUAUUCUCCAUGCUAGUGGCCGUGCUGAACUGAUCGAGAAGCUCCUACGAGAUUUCGAUGGCGCUGAUCCCUUCCUAGCGAAAGAUGGAAGCACCGAUAUCAGCAGCCUGCUUUCCGUGAGUUGUCUGUCGCUUUUGAGUUCCCGCGGCAAUACAAUUCAAAAUGACGAAAUCACCAAGGCCAAGCGAAGACCUGUUCAAGCUGAACUGCAAGGAACGGAAAAUCAGAAGCCCAGGUCGAAUGACUCGGGCCAUUUGCCACGAUGA